AGGUUAGUGUUUUGCAAAAAAAGGUGGGUGGGGCUAAUAGCCACAUCAUACUAAAAACCACAUAACAGUAUAAAAGAAAGCAGCAUGGAAGUUCUGGAUGUCAAGGAAAUACCAACUCAUGUCUUCCAACUGAAGCACAGACAUGACACUGCCAGCAAAUCCCUGGCUCUAGUGAUACCGGGCAGCCCUGGGAUGGGCCAUUUCUACAUUCCCUUUGCAACUCGACUGUUCCAGCUGGGAGGAGGUAGCUACGACAUCGCAAUAGUCUCCCAUGCUGGACACUCACCUGGAUUCCUAAGACCAACUACAGUUGAGCACCACAGACAAGCCGGAGAUUUUUCCGGGAAGUCGGUAGAGAAACCUGAAGCAACAAAUAUGCCGAAUACUCACGAUGAUGGUGGCUCCAGCCUUGACGCUACUCAACACAGUGCUACUAUUUCUGAGGACAGGGACUGGUAUUGCCUUGAAGAGCAGAUAGCACACAAACUGGCUUUCAUAGAACAGUACGCUUCCCACGUAGACACUGUCUAUCUCAUCGGCCACUCAAUCGGGUCCUGGAUCGUGCUGCAAAUGAUGAAAGUCAUCGAACCUUCAAAAGUUAAAAAAAUAGUUUUACUAUUCCCCACAAUCGAGCUAAUGGGAGAAACUCCCAAAGGAAUUCUAUUAGCUCCACUGUUUUCAUCGCUACGGUUGCCAUUCACUUUCGGAGUUUGGUGUCUAUCGUGGAUUCCUGAUGCCGCAAAGCGUUUUUUACUCAAGCACCAUUUUUAUACAACCCCUGACGAUCAAGUACGACACAUGACACAAGGAGCCAUUAACAUUGACAGCAAAGCUAUACACAAUGUCCUGUGUAUGGCCAAGCAAGAAAUGGCUGAAGUUACACUCCCUCCCCUCGAAGUUAUUGAUGCCCAUAUCGACAAAAUUGUGUUCUAUUAUGGUGUCGGGGACAAAUGGAACAUUGACAGUUGCUAUAGUAACAUGUGCGAGAGGUACCCUGAUCAUGAAGAGGUGCACCUCUGUAAGCAGGGAUAUGCACAUGCGUUUGUGGAGACCUCUUCUAAUGAAAUGGCCAAAUUUGUGUUCUCUAAGAUUUUGCCAUGAUAAUUUAUAUGUAUCUGCAGUGCUUUUUAAUAAAAUAAAUGAGUGCAUGAGUGUGUGUGAUAUUUAUAAACUCAUUAUACAUUAACAAUUGAAAUUAACAAGUGAUAGUAUUGUUGAACAAUCAUU